GUUGAUGUGAAGGGACAGAUGAAAACUGUGGACGCAUCGUCCAAGGUGUCCCUCAUGAGUGACCAUUUCCGCUUUCAUGACCUGGAAAAGCUGACCUUCAGGAGCAUAAAGCUGGAGCAGAAGGUUCUGGACGUCCUUCAGCUGAAGGACGGAGAAAAACUGGCGUUUGUGAAGCAGAGAGUCUUCAACACAGGACCUGUCCACGUUUUCAGGGAGGCUUCAAGGAGCGGCUCCACUGGAGCAAAGGUCCUGAACCUGGUUUCUGCUGGUGUGAAGGGAGGAAAGGCAGAAAAGUCCAAGUUCACCGUGCCGGAGAAUAAAACCUUCGCUUUUGCUCUGAAGAAGCUGAUGGUACAGGAUGGAGUCCUGGGGUUUUCUUCAGAGAUUUCUUAUAAAGCGGGGUCAGGGGUCAUCGCCAGUGAAGCCGUGCUGAUUGAAGGGCUGCAGAGGAACCAGGCGGUCCUGAAGCCUCUGGCCGGUCAGACCGACCUGCUGAGAGGCCUGGUGGAGGUCCUGGAGGACAGAGACGCUCUGACUCUGCUGGAGGACACGCUGGACCUCGUCGGUUCUGGAGAAUACCAGCGUCCACAAUGUGAAGCCGUCGCCUGGUUCCUGACUCUUCUCGACGUGUCCACUGCCUCCAGAGAGCUGACGGACGCCGUCCACCUGCUGGUCAGCGCGUUGGAGGCUCUGCCCGGCGACCUUCCAGCUCUGUUGGCCAGAUGUGACCCAGGAACCCUGAGCUGCAUCAUCCACAUGAUGGACUGUCUGCUGUAUGGUCAGGUCCCACCUCCUCUGGGGCGCCCCCUGCAGGAGGACGAGGAGCUCCACCGGCUGGUGAGGCUCCUCCACUCAGCCAAAGACUUCAGAGAUCUGGGGGAGAACUUUCCAGAUUUCUCUCCUGAAGCUCUGCUGGAGCUGCUAUACGUCGGCGUCCGAGGACUCAGCCUGAUGAAGUCCCCCGUCUGCUCGUAAACGGAUCACUGAAUCGUGUCUUUUCUUUCUGGUUAUGGUUCAGAAACCAGGAAACCUGAACAGCGUUUACCUAAAACACAGCCAGAGAGGAAAACAACGAUGAAAACGAUAAUCAGAUGUCAGAGAUGUUUCUCCAGUCCUGGUUCUUUAAUUAUUAAAGGUUCCAGUGUUCUCCCUCCCUUCCUGAUUCUUCUGUUCUGGUUCCUACGGUAGAUUACUAUGAAAUGGAACAAAAAUAUGAUACUCAAUAAAA